AUGGUCGUGGGCGCGGUGGCCUCUGCAGUUCCGGGGCACGACGGCAAUGGAUUUGAUUUUUUUCCGGAAAAAUGUACCGUCGGUCGCUCAAAAGAAAGGGUGUACGCUGACCCACCGCCUGCAAUCACCGAUAUACACAUCUACAGAUGGGUUGAAUUCCAUGAAGUGGGAAUGGAACACAUAUCUUCCAUAUGGGAUGUGAGUGCCAUGGUUUUUUGGAAAGGCAACCUACGACAUCACCAUGGUGAUACAUAUUUGCGUGUAAUUUUGAAGGAUGAGCAGACCAUUGUUAUCUAUCUGUUGGAUCUAAUAUUCUUACAGGGAACCAAAAUGGAAGCAGUUGCGUACGGCGACCAAACCAUGAGGUUCGAUCGUUUGCUUCGUGUAGGAGAAUGUUAUGACUUCAUGAGAGUUGGCUUCGUGCCUACUCAUGCUGGUCCUUUGGGCUACAUCUUUCGUUUAUGUGCUGACUGCUUUGUGGUUCUAUCUCCAUAA